AUGGAUCGAUUUGACCACGUCUUGUGGGUGGGGGAUUUGAACUUUCGUGUCAACAAAAGUCGCGCAGAGGUGGACCAACUUCUGACAGGUCCCAACGCACUGCGGCAUGUGAAGUCUCUCUUGGAAGCAGAUGAACUUCGAAAAGCAAUGGAAAGCGAUAACAAUAAGUCUCUUCAACUUACCCCUGUCUUGGUGUUGAUUUUCUUUGAAGGUAAAAUCUUCGAGGGCUUUGAGGAAGGAGAUAUAGGCUUCCUACCAACUUUCAAGUUCGACAUAAAUUCUGAUGCCUACGAUACUUCGGAAAAGCAGCGGGUCCCCUCUUAUACGGAUCGCAUUCUUUACCGAUCGAAAAAGAAAGAGGAUGUCAAAUGCCUCGCCUAUGACUCUAUAUCUCAUGUUCGAUGUUCCGAUCAUCGGCCGGUAUAUGCAGUCUUCACUGUCAGUCUGAAGCCUGGACGAGACAAGUAA